AACAACAACAACAACAACAACAACCAUCGUCAGGUUUAUUUGGAACUAAACCAGCAGGUUCUUCAUCAUUAUUUGGAGCAUCGACAAACCCAGCUCCAUCAGGAGGAUUGUUUGGAUCAAGUCAACCGUCAGGGGGAUUGUUUGGAAGUUCAGGUCAAAGUUCAGGUGGACUCUUUUCAAAUUCCAAUCAAAUAAAUCAAACCCAACAGAGUCAAUUACCUUCUGUUAAUACCAUAAAUCCAUAUAAUUAUAAUAAUGUCAUCACUAAUAUUCAAAACACUUUGAAUUCCAUGCCAGAGUCUAUCACCAGUAAUAUAUUUCUUGAAUCAGAUAAGAAAGAUUCUCAAAUAAAGAGACGUUUCUCAUAUUUAGAAAAGAAACCAGAAAGUACCCUUGCAUCAAAUUCUUCAAAUUCAUCACCAUCUAUAUUAACCAAACUUGGAAGAACGUUUAGAAUCUUUCGUAAUCCAACCUCAUCAUUAGCAUCCAUUGGACAAUCCUUCAGAGGUAUAUUUUCUGAUUCUGAUCCAAAAAAGAGCAUAAAUUCCAUCACUAAUACUGCUACAAGUGCUGCAACUCAGCAAAGUAGAGUAUCUAAACCUGUAUUCGCUAGAUCUUCUAAUACCAGACACGCAGGAAGUAUGAAACGAUUAAUUAUAAAAUCCAAACCUAUGAAAUUUUAUUUAAUCGAUGCUAAUAAAGUCAUAUCCUCCAAAAAGAGAAAGGUCAUUCCAAAUGUGGUUCUGUCUGAUAAAUUAUUAUCAGAGAAGUAUUAUUCAAGUGACGAUGAAUCAGAUGAGGAAAUUGAUUCAUCUCAAAAGACAUUUAAUAGAUUUCCUUAUAAUAUCUCUUCCAAAGAAGAUGGUGAAAGUAGUAAAUCAAAACCAAUUUUGGGAGAAAGUGUUAAACUGCCGGAGCCAAAAGCAAAUAAUAUCAUUAAUGAAGAAAUAAAUGGCUAUUGGAGUACUCCAACCAUACAGGAAUUAUCCUCAAUGUCAUUAGCACAACUUGCUGGAAUUGAAAACUUUAUUAUUGGUAGAGUUGGGUAUGGUCAAGUUGCUUAUAAUUAUCCUGUUGAUUUAUCUCAAAUUGCUACCAAUGCCAAAUCCAAAAAUAUUUCCUUUGAGGAAGAAUUAUUUGAAAAUACAGUACUGAUCAGACAUAAACAUGUGAUUGCCUACCACAAUGAUGAAGCCAAUAAACCUGCUCUUGGGUUUGGAUUAAAUAUACCAGCAACCAUAACAUUGGAAGGAGUAUCUCCUACCGAAAGUGAAUCAGCUGCUGAUUUCAUCAGAUACUUACAACAAAGAAAAGGAAUGGAAUAUGUCACUUACGAUCCAAUAACUCAUGUUUGGAUUUUUAAAGUUAAACAUUUCAGUAUAUGGGGGUUAGUAGAUGAUUCAGAAGCUUUACUUGAAAUGAAACGAAAGCAAGAUAUUCAGGAGGAUCAACAUGAUAUUGAAUAUUCUAAAUUAUAUUCAAAUGAAUCAUAUCUUAAAGAAAUCAAAAAGCAAAAGAUUGAGAACGAAACCAAAGAUUUACCAGGAGGUUGGAAUUUAAAUACUAAUAACAAUAAUAAUCCAUUAAAUAUAAAAAGAGGAUUAGUUGCCCAAGAAAUUGAAAGUCAAAUUGAUCAAUUCAAUAAUAGCGAUGCUAUUGCUUUAAGUAAGAUUGUUAAUGAUAUCACCAUACAGGAUAAUUAUGAAAACGCACUGCCAUUAGAAGAACAAGAAAGUAUUCUUGAUGAUAUUCUGUUUGAUGAAAAUGAAAAUAAAUUGGAUUAUUUAAAACAACUCGUUAGUUUCCUUCCUCGUGAUGUUAAUUUUAAUGAGAUCGUUAACGAAAAAGUUUAUGAACCCGAAAUCACUAAUGAUGCUAUUUUUGAUAGUAUUCAAACUAAACCUAAUUUACCAGUAUCAGAUGAUUGGUUAGUUCAAUUAGAAUUGGCUAAUGAUUUAAAUUCAUCUUUGACUCCAUUUGCAGCGGCUACUGAAAAUGUUGGUGGUAAAGGUGGUAAAAUUUCAAUCAAUGCCGUGGAUGACUUUUUGUUUUCUGAUUUCAAUAAAUCUUUAAUUGGUAAAGAUCAAGUUUCAACUCCAAAUAAUUUUUCAGCUAAAGUUAAAAGCAUUGAUACAAAGUUAAAUUUAUCAGUAAGUUCAAUCGUAUCUAUAUUGUUAGCAAAAUCAUCCGUAUCAACGAGAUCAAAUACUUUCCCAAUAAUUAAAAAGUCAAGUCCUAUUAAGAUUUCGGAAUUUUCAAAUAUUGAUAGGUCAUCUCCUAGUGAAUCGCAAUUAAUUUCACUUGCUUCAGCUCUUUUUGACGAACAAACUGGUGAAUACGAGAAACAAGUUUCAAAAGAUGAUUCAGAGUUAUUAGCACAUGCUUCUGAAUUAUCAAAGAAGAAAGUAUUUGGAAAUUGGUUAAAGUCAUUCAACUCUAAAGCCAUUAAAUUGUUGAUAGAACAAAAUCAAAAUGAUCCAUUAGAAUUAGCAUUCACUUAUAUCUGUGCAGGAGAAAUCAAAUCUGCUAUUCAAACUGCUUUAAAUUCUGAUAAUCCUCAUUUAUCAGUGAUAUUGACUUUGGUUGAUUCCAAUGAUGAAAAUAUUCAAAAUAUCGCUGCUAGUCAGAUUGAAAGUUGGAUUGAAAGUGAUAGUUUAGAGUUAAUUCCAUCUUCUAUUGUUAAAAUAUAUCAAGUGAUAGCGGGAUUGCUCGAUGAAGUAGUGGAAGAAUUACCUUGGAAUAUUGCCUUAGCUAUCAAAUUAUUCUAUGGUGAUUCCAGUUUGAAACUUGAGGAAGUCAUUAAGGAAGUUUAUGAUAGUAAUCUUUCUGGAUCCAAAUUUGGUGAACUGACUGAAGUUAUUGAUAUUUUACAGUUAUUUUAUCAACAACAAACUGAAGGCAAAGAUAAGGCACUUGAAACCAUUAGAAAUUCAUCUUUAAGUAAGUUAUUAAAAUGGUUAUUUUAUGAUAUACUUUCCACUGAUGAUUCAAGUUCUGAUUUUGAUGAAUUAACUUACGAUCUUGGUAAUUAUUUACAAGAACAAGGAUUAUGGAAAGAUUCAUUAUAUGUUCUUGCUCAUUUAUCCAAUGAUGUAAGAGCAAAAGAUGCUAUUAGAAAUGUGAUUAUCUCUAAUACUGGAUCUAUCAAAGGAUCAAACUAUGAUGAAGAACCAUAUUUGGUUGGAACUUUAAAAAUUCCUCAUACUUUAAUCUAUGAAGCUAUCGGAAUAAAGAACCAUAGUGAGAAGAAAUAUUGGGAAGAAUGUGAAGCUUAUAUUACUGCUAAAUUAUGGGAUAAUGCUCAUGAUACCAUCAUUAAACAAUUAGGUCCUGCUACUGUUAUUGCUAAUAGUGAUGAAUUAAAAUCAAGAUUCUUACAAGUAUUAACUCAAUUUCCACAAUCAGGAUUAAUUAUAUCAGAUUGGAAUAAAGGGGCAGGUAUUUAUCAAAAUUAUUUCAAUAUCAUAAAUAAUCCAAACGAUAUAACUAGUUUGAAAUUCCUUCUUGCUAAUAUUCCAGUGGUUAAAGAAAGUUCAAGUUUCCAAACCAAAUGUGCGCUAAAGAUAAUAUCGAAAAAAAUAGGUGAUCUCGCUAUAAUUAAUGCUUCUAACAUUGAAGACCCCGAACGAAAAGUUAAAGCCUUAUUCUUAGGCUCUACAGAACGUAAAUACUUUGAUAUUCGUUUACAACUGAUAUGUAUAUAGAGCAAGUUAAAUAUUUAAUAUAAAAU